AUGCAUUGUGGAUUAGUUUUUGUCCUGUUUAUGGGAUUCCUCCUGGUGCUCGAGGCUUUUAAAAACGAUAAAUGCGGUGGCAACAUCAGAAUCUCCAGCGCCAGCUACCUCACGUCGCCAGGUUACCCCGUGUCCUACCCCCCCUCCCAGAGGUGCGUGUGGGUCAUCUCGGCGCCUGGUCCUCACCAGCGGAUCCUUAUCAACUUCAACCCGCAUUUUGAUCUGGAGGACCGAGAGUGCAAGUAUGACUACGUCGAGGUGCGAGAUGGCGUGGAUGAGAGCGGGCAGCUAGUGGGGAAGUACUGCGGGAAGAUAGCCCCCUCGGCGGUCGUCUCCUCUGGAAACCAGCUCUUUAUCAAGUUUGUGUCGGACUACGAGACGCACGGAGCGGGUUUCUCCAUCCGAUAUGAGAUCUUUAAGACAGGUCCCGAGUGCUCCAAAAACUUCACCUCCAACAGUGGUGUCAUAAAGUCGCCAGGGUUUCCGGAGAAAUACCCCAACAACCUGGACUGCACCUUCAUGAUCUUUGCCCCAAAGAUGUCAGAAAUCAUCCUGGAGUUUGAGAGCUUCGAGCUGGAAGCCGACCCAACACCCCCUAGUGGUGUCUUUUGCCGCUACGACCGGUUGGAGAUCUGGGAUGGUUUCCCAGGAGUCGGGCCAUACAUCGGACGGUACUGCGGCCAGAACACCCCCGGCAGGAUCAUCUCCUAUACAGGAAUUUUGGCACUGACAAUCAACACGGACAGCGCCAUCGCUAAGGAAGGCUUCUCUGCUAACUUCACCGUCCUGGACAAGACAGUCCCAGAGGACUAUGACUGCAGCGACCCACUGGGAAUGGAGUCGGGAGAGAUAACAUCAGACCAAAUCAUGGCUUCAUCCCAGUACAACCCCAGCUGGUCCCCAGAGCGCUCCAGACUCAACUACUAUGAAAAUGCGUGGACUCCAGCAGCCGACUCCAACAAGGAGUGGAUUCAGGUGGACCUUGGCUUUUUGCGGUUUGUCUCUGCCAUUGGUACACAGGGUGCUAUUUCCCAGGAGACCCACAAAAUAUACUUUGUCAAGUCCUACAAAGUAGACGUCAGCUCAAAUGGAGAGGACUGGAUCACCUUGAAAGAAGGCUCCAAACAGAAGAUUUUCCAAGGCAACACCAACCCAACAGACGUUGCCAAGACAAAGCUGCCUAAACCUACGCUGGCGCGCUUCGUUCGCGUCCGUCCAGUGACCUGGGAAACAGGCAUUGCUCUGCGCUUCGAGGUGUACGGCUGCAAGAUAUCAGAGUACCCCUGCUCUGGCAUGCUAGGCAUGGUGUCAGGCCUGAUCACGGACAACCAGAUCACGGCGUCCUCUCAUACGGACCGGAGCUGGGUGCCUGAGAACGCCCGCCUUCUCAACAGCAGGACAGGGUGGACCCUGCUGCCUCAGCCACAGCCUUUCACAAACGAAUGGCUGCAGGUGGAUCUUGGUGAAGAGAAGCUGGUGAAGGGGUUAAUCAUACAGGGAGGCAAAUACCGGGAAAACAAGGUCUUCAUGAAGAAGUUCCGUCUUGCACACAGCAAUAAUGGCUCUGACUGGAGGAUGGUGCAUGACACCAGUGGAAACAAGCCAAAGAUAUUUGAAGGUAACAGCAAUUACGACACUCCUGAGCUGAGGACAGUGGAGCCCCUGCUGACCCGUUUCAUCAGAAUUUAUCCAGAGAGGGCCACUCCUGCUGGGAUGGGCCUGCGACUUGAACUCAUUGGCUGUGAGAUUGAAGCUCCGACGCUACUUCCAACCACUGCAGUCCCAAGCACCACCCCUUCGGACGAAUGUGACGACGACCAGGCGAGCUGCCACAGCGGCACAGGUGAUGACUACGACGUGACAGGUGGUUCCAUAAUGCCUGAGACCACAACCUCAGAAGUGGACACCAUUCCAACGUUUCAGUGGUUUGCCUGCGACUUCGGUUGGCCCAAUGAUCCGUCCUUCUGCAGCUGGACACCAGAGGACACUGGUUCGAGAUGGCAAAUCCAGUCCAGUGGCACCCCAACUCUCAACACUGGUCCUAACAUGGACCACACAGGAGGAUCAGGGAAUUUUAUCUACACUUUAGCGACUGGUCUACAAGAGAACGAAGUUUCUCGACUGGUCAGUCCCCCGGUCAACUCUCAGGAUGCUGACCUGUGCCUGUCUUUUUGGUACCAUAUGUAUGGGCCGCACAUUGGAACAUUGCAUAUCAAACAGCGUAAGCAAACUGAAGGUGGAUCGGCUGAUAUAUUGCUUUGGACGAUCAGUGGUCAUCAAGGCAAUCGCUGGAGGGAAGGACGUGUUCUCAUGCCACGCACUAGCAAACCCUAUCAAGUGGUGAUUGAGGGUCUUGUACAGAGGAAAAGUUGGGGAGACAUUGCUGUAGAUGACAUUAAGGUUCUCGAAGGAGUUGGUCAGACAGACUGCGAUGAUCCUGUUGUGCCGACUGAGCCAAUUCUACCUGAGGAUGAAAUUGACAAAAUUUUUGAGGAAAUCACAGACUUUCCAGACCUGGUGGAAACGAACCAGAUCAGCGGCGCUGGCAACAUGCUGAAAACUCUAAAUCCCAUCCUUAUUACCAUCAUCGCCAUGUCAGCCCUGGGGGUUUUCCUGGGUGCCAUCUGUGGUGUGGUUUUAUAUUGCGCUUGCUCACACGGCGGCAUGUCAGAGAGGAACUUAUCCGCCCUGGAGAACUAUAACUUUGAGUUAGUCGAUGGUGUCAAGCUAAAGAAAGACAAACUCAAUGUACAGAACUCAUACUCAGAGGCGUGAGAUGGGUCUGGCUGCUUUCAUAUGACUAACAAACGGGCAGAGCUCGCACAAAAAGACAUAAACAACUCAAGGCAUAUCUUCUCAUAUGUCUGCCCCAUAGGUGGGCUCAACAGGACUGCCAAACACCCUCUACUCAUUAGAUGAGGGUCAGGUUCAGGAAACCAGUGGGAGGUUUGGACUGAUCCACGCUUUUUUCUCAGGAGCUGCAGUAAAAAAAGAACCUACCAGUAGGGGACACUGUGUACAAAUAAAAUUACAGGAAAAAAAAAUAUGUACAGAUGUUUAAGAUGAUAUUAUAAUUUUGUAUUUUGAUUUUCAUUCAUUUCUACAAUCGGAUGCUGGUGUUGAGACCAAUUUAUUAAUGAUGUUUAAAGUAUUUAUAAUUUUCUGGGUAAAAAAAAUGUUUUGUUUUGUAGAAUCAGUUCAUGAAGGCUGUUGUUUCUUUUCAUGCUUUCAAAGAGACGUAUUGAAUCUUUAAAGAACCAUAUUCAACAAAACUGUUAAUUUGCCCUAUAGGGUGGCAUGGCGAGUGCGACCCUAAUCCUUUUCCAUUUUAUCACUCUAAAGUGAGGGUCCCGUUCAUGUAUGGUUCUGACAGUGCCUUUAGUACCUUUUGGUUAGCCUUUUCUGUUGAACUGAGUUCUUCUUUUAAUUGCUGUAUAUUAGGAUUAAGUUAUAAUUAAAGGAAACAGGGGCACAUUACAUUAUAAAGUCCUAUCAAACAGGACUAAAGUUUAUUGCAGCGCUUUUUUGUUUUUUUUUUCUGUCCAAAAAAAGAACUUUGUAAAUACGUUUUAAUAUAUUUUAUUGCCCUUUUUAAAGAAAGUAAAAAGAAAAAAAAAGCUGCAGUAUCCCUUUUUUUCCCCCCCUUCAUGAAUGUGAGUGCGUGUGUGUAAAUACAAUCUUUUGACUGUUUUGUGCAAAACUGCGACGUCGAUCUUAGAUUCUGUUGCUCAGGCAAGGAAGAUUGUUUUUUGGGAUUUUUUUUAUUUUGGUGCAUUUGUUUCAUCUUUCAUUUCUAAAAACAAAAAUACAGCAAAAGAAAGGAUGUGUAAAACAGAAAAACACACACCCUCCAUUAGUACUCCCUCAUGAUUUCACAUCUGUUUUGUAAGUUUGGCAGAAUUAAAGGGUAAAUCUAAACAUGUUUACGUCAAAAAUAUAUAAUGUUGACCAGCAUACCAAAAGGAAAACUACAACCACCUUCUGUUUUAUUCAUUUUACCUCUAACAUCACUGUGGAUGUUCACUGUAGAAGUGCUUUCUGAACAAUGCAGCUUGAAUGCACUUUGUUUUCUGACUCCAGCUUCGAUAGAAAACUGAUAAAAGUGGAGUUUUACCAACUGAAUGAUGGUGCUAUCAGUAGUUUAGUCAGACAUUAAUGUGUUUCAUUAUAAACCCAGUUUCCUACAUGCUGAUGUGUAGCUGAAAGGUCUCUUCUUAGACCUGCAAGAGUUUUAUGUGUUUCACAUGUAGCAGCCAUAACGAUGAUGUCAGAGCUGAUGUCAGAAGAACGGGACAGCGGUGCAGCAGGGGAUCGAGUGGCAUCACCUGAAUCAGGUUAUCUGGCCUCCCUCUGUGGCUUUACCAAAGGAUUGUUGCCCUUCGCCACAAAAACACACACACACCUUUUGACUACAGGGGCUUCUCCAAAGAGAGAACAAGAACACAGUUCAACACCAAGCGGGCAACUUUCAGGCCUGCCCCUUCGAGAGAAGGUCAAGAGGGGGGAAACAACAGGACACUUGUGGGAAAUUGCAAAAUGUAACAGUGUGUUUUUCUUGCUCCUUUUAGACAAAAACACUGCAAAUCUCACCUUGUGAACUUUUAAGGAUCUCAGUCGAGACUGUUUGCAGACGGAGAGAUGAGACAAUCCCACCAUCAAACAGGGAAAGGAGUUCUAAGUGGUGAGAUUUACAAGGACAGAAGGGCCUGAGAAGCCCAAUGAAACUCAUUGCUUCGCCUCACCGCAAUCGAUCCAAUCACGAACUUGUUUUAUUUCUACGAAGGGGUGACGUCUUUUAAAUCUGUGUGCUUUGUAUGUCGUGCCGUGGUGUACACACACUCUCAGCUUGUUCAUUUCAGAUUGGACGACCCGCUCUCCUCAGCCUUCACUUUCAGAGGACAGUAGCUGCAGCAAGCUAGACGAAAAGGAUACUGUAGCGUGGACUCGAAAACAAACGAUGUUGCACUGAGAAAUAUAUUUAAGAGGUUUAUGUGUUUAUAGUGUUCAUUUGCAGAAAAAAAGAAAGGUUAAAACAGAAAAAAAACUUGUGCUCAUUUUUUUUUUUUAUGCAUAAUUUCAGAUUAUCUGAAAUGGAUCCAAAAUGUACAAAUAUUGAGAAGAAUUCAAUAUAAAAAAGAUAAAGUUUUUUUUUUUUCAAACGGAAUAUCCCUCUCUUUAAAAUGUACAUGCCAUGUUAGCGCUUCAUUUUGUACUGUCAUUCAGAUUUUGUGCAGGUUUUUUUUUUCUUUUUUACAAGAAUAAGAAAAAACUAGACUUUUAUUUUCAAUACCGCUUCUGUGAUUUGCUGUUGUAGAGAAAAAAGUAAUAAACAGCAAAGGCCUUAAAAAGCA